AUGAGUGAUAUCUACCAAGCUAUCACUGAAGAUAAUGUUGAGCAGAUGCAAGCAUGCAUUUCAGGUGGAGUUGAUAUUAACAAGCCGGGUGCCAAUGGACUUACACCUCUAAUGUUUGCCGUUCAAGAAGGAAAAGAAAAAUGUUUAGGUGCUCUUAUCAAAGCUAAGGCAGAUGUCUAA